GUUCAGUCUUUCUCAGCUCACCCUCCAACAUGAACGCUCAUCUCAGCGCUCUUCUCAUCUUCACUGGACUCUCAGGUCAGUCGGGGGUUCAGUUAGUAUUAGCGUUUUCUCAUGUUUGAGGAGUUUAUGAUUUAAAUUUCUCCUCUUUAUAUGUUAUUGGUUGAAUAUGUUCAUGGGUUUUGUUGCAGGACUUCAGAGCUUAACUACGGUCAGCAAAGUGCCAGUGAAGAUUGGAGACUCCAUCACUGUCCCAUGUCUCUACGAGUCCAAGUAUAAAGACCAUGUGAAAUACCUGUGUGAAGGAUACUAUUGGAACUACUGCUCCUACGCAGUCAAAACUGACCAGCCAAAGCGACCUGCAGAGUUUUCAAUCUCUGAUGACAAACAGCAAGGAGUCUUUACUGUGACUAUUAAAAGUCAAAAAAACCUCUAUUACUGGUGUGCUGUGGAGAUAAAGAACGGAAAUGACAUUGGGGAAUUUUUUCAGCUUUCAGUUACCAAAGGUAAGAAACCUUUAAGGGAUUUUCUUUUUUCAUCUUGAGCCAUGUAUUUAAAUAUUUUAAAAUCUUAAAACUAUAACUAUACUCUAAGAAUUGAAAAAGAAGAUUUUUUUCAGCAGAAAGACUUCAUGUCAAAGGAGUUUGGCAGCUUUAAAGUGUGUGAUCUGACAUAUCUCUGAAUCAUUUUAGAUAUAAAUAAAUAGAUAAAUUAAAGAAAUCUGCAUCUGUAGUGAUCCUUUCUCAAAACUCAGCCUUUUAGCACAAAUGAUCUGAGCUGUCAGAUCACAGCUAGACUUUUUUUCUAAUGAAUCUAAACUAAUCGCUUUAUCAACAAACAUGCAAAAAAGUAUAUAUAAACAAAUAAAUAAAUAAAUAAACAAAUAAAAGAAGAAUAAGUUUUCUUUGCUCCUCUAUCUUUAACCUGAUAUAAAGACUGGAACAUUAAAGAUUAAAGAUUCUUUCAAAGAUCUUUUUAUAUUUAUCUAAAGGAGAAAUUUGACAUUUUUCAGCCUGGGCACUAUUUUCCUAUGUGUUUGUUUGUACUUGACUGAUGGGAGAACAGUUUCGACUACACACACUGUAAAAAGCAAAACAUUAAAUCAAUAUAAAAAAGUUAUUCAAUUGGUCACAUCUAAUAAAAUUAAGUUCAGUGAACUAAAUAAAAUUUACUUCAAUUCAUUCAUUAUUUUUAAUUCCAUUGAACUCAAUUUUAUUUAAGCAAUGGAAAUGGAAAAAAGAUAUUUGGAACAACUUAAUAAACUACAGAAACUGGAUUGAAUGAAAUUGUUAUUUUUAGUUUGAUCUAACUUAUUUAUAGUUAAUCAGCGAAAUUUUUAAGUGUCUAUUCAGAUCAACUAAUUUUUGUUUAUGAGACUAAUGAUAAAAUUAUUUUUAAUUCAAUGUAACAUGUUACUUUAAAUGCUAUCAUUUUUCCCUUCAAUAUGACUUAUUUUAUUCUUAAACAAAACAAUCCAAGUAAUAAUCCAUGAAAUUUUUUAUUAUAUGGAUCCAUAUUAUAGCAAAUCUUAUGUAGAUAAACAUUAACUUGUUUUAUCUUACGAGAUUCAUAUAUUCCAAUAUUACAACUGUUAUUUUGGCUAAUGCUGUUUUGAAGGGAAAUACCACAUGUCACAGCGUUUAGCAGGUCUUUUCAGACUUUGAACAGGGUGGUGCUGAUUCAACAAAAGUUUAAGUUCAAUUUCAGGAGAUGCUCCACGUUCUUCAGCUUGGAGCUCAUCAACUUUACUUCAACUUUAUCUUUGAAAUGCUAAUUAAUCUCAUAACAUUAUGGCUUGAUUUUCUUACAGCUUCAAUCUGCAGAGAAAAUAAUUUUACCACUAUUUAAUUAUUCUGAGAUUAUGACUCAAUAAACAUGUGAUGUGACACAAUGAGUUUACUAAAGCUAGAGCUGCCAUGUUUAAACACGAUAACUGCUCUGGACUUUAAAGGAAGGUUACAAUGCCUGGAGAGAGCAAAAUGGCCAAAAAGGUUUUGACUGUCCUGCUCCAGACUAAAGUCCUGCUGGAUCUGUAGACUUUGCCGACACUGACAUGAGUUAAGGAAAAACAGUAAAUGUUGAGUAAAAGCAUCAGGAUUCAUCUUUGAGUCAGCUUUUACAUCUUUUUACAUCAUCCAUCUUCUUUUUUUAAAUCAUGAUAUAGAGAAAAAAAAAACUAUAAGGUAUCAAAGUUUUCAGAAUAUUUUGACGUUACAAUAACUGUGAUUCUAUCUAGAGUAUAAAAGUUUGAGUCUUUUUUCUAAAAGAUGUUAUUAAAUAAAACAGCUGCUUGCACAGAGAGGACUCACACAUGUCUGGUUACAUUAAACUCUGUUUUCUCUGAAGGUCCAAACCUGCUGGACGGUCCUCAGAAGGUCUCAGCAUUUAGAGGAGGAAAUAUUAUCAUUAACUUUCCCUACACUAGUCGUGGAGGAGUCCAGUGGUGCAGGCUUGGAGGGUCCUGUGUGAAGAAGCCAUAUGGAUCAAUAGAUGGAGCAGACGUGACCAUUUCUGCAGAAAAUCAUGUGGGUGUCAAAGUGACUCUGAGUGGACUGAGGACACAGAGCAGCGGCUGGUAUUACUUUGCUAAAGGGGAGCUAAAGAUGCCAGUGCAUGUCACUGUGAAAGAGCGACCACCCACCAGUGAGUAGAACACCACUCAUAACAAGUGUGCAAAUAUGAGCCCAAUAUUCAGAAAUGUGCAGCAUUUACUGAAGGUUGUCAGCAUCUUGAUCAUGAUGUCUUAUUUUGAUCAUUCUGUGUCAGUAUCUUGUCUGCGGCCCUUUUCUACAGUUAUUCUGUGUUCUGGAAAUUAUGUUUGCAAAUGCAAGUUUCUCGUUGACAGAAAUGUAGCUCUUAAAUGGACCGAGCUGGUCUCACAGUUGUAGUUAUAUAACAUAUGAUAACUGAUAAUGAUAACUAAAGAUAGCUCACAUUAAUACAAUCAUCUUUGAUUUAUUUUUUUCAUCACAAAUGUCAUCUUGUAAUCGAGGUGUGUCCUCAAGGAUGUCAUUAAAGUCGACUAACAUGGAAGUUGGACAUUUUAUAGCUUUAUAUCAAGUUGACAGGACUCUGACUCCAUGUUGCUUCCUACAGCCACACAGGAGAUGACAAUGACGACAACGACGACAACGACGACAAAGACGACAACGACGACAACGACGACUACGUGUUUGAACAUCUCAUCGAGCACUCUUCAACCUGUGACUCACACUUGGACCUCAGCAUAUGAAGAAAACACCGAAGCUCCUGGGUCAGUCUCUUUAGAGUACUAAAGUAGACCAUCUUUGGGAAAGACUGAAUGUUGCUCUGUUGACUCCAGUCUGUUUCCUGUAAUAAUAAUAAUAACAACAACAACAACAACAACAGCAGCAGCAAUAAUAAUAAUAAUAAUAAUAACAACAACAACAACAACAACAGCAGCAGCAAUAAUAAUAAUAAUAAUAAUAAUAAUAAUAACAACAACAACAACAACAACAACAACAACAACAACAACAACAACAACAACAACAACAACAACAACAACAACAACAAUAAUAAUAAUAAUAAUAAUAAUAAUAAUAAUAAUAAUAAUAAUAAUAAUAAUAAUAAUAAUGUAACUGGAUUGAUUGAGAAAAGUGUCCUGAUUGUGUUUGCUCAUUUUGUUGUUGUGUUUCGAUCCGUCUCUGCAGAAGUUUUAUUCACUCACUGAGCCUCAUCAUUCCUCUGAGUUUGUUAUUGACUGUCCUCCUAAUUGUGGCCAUAAUCUUCUGGUUUAUUUGGAGACGACACAGUAAGAACAUGAUGAACUUAUUUAUUAAUAACUAAAUGUUUUAAUUGUAUUCUGCACUGAGAGUCAGUAACAGGAGUUUUUACACUUCCAGAGGAGACCAAGGCCCGAUUAUCUUCUGCAACAGAGGUGAGAUUUACUGAUCUUAUGAUGCAGAUGAAUGUUGAAUACUUGAUUCUCUCACUAUCCAUCACUGACACACACUCCAGUUAUCUUCAUCAGUUUGGUAUUACAUAUAGCCAGAGUCAAUAGUUUUCAGACAAUUCAGCUUUUCCUCCAGAAACCAGAUUUUUAUGGUUUCUGCCCAUCUGUAAAUAAACUCACUUCAUUGCAUUGGACGCUAAAGGAAUCGUUUGUUUAUUUACUGACCUCCAGACAUCAUGUAAACAUGUAAACACAGCUGUACAGACAAAAGCAAAGUCCUUUCAUGUCAGUAUCAACAUUUUUGAUCCAGUUUGAAAAAAGACAAAGACAAUGUUAGUUUGUGUUUCUUUGUGUGUUAAUUGUUUGUUUGUUGAUUAAAUUUGUUGGUAUUUGUUUGUUUUUUUUUUGUUUUUUUUGCAUGUUUGAUUAAGUUUGAGUUUAUUUGUGUUUGCAUUGUGUUUUUUACUAAGAUUGAUUUUGUGUGUUUUUUGGGUCCAUUUGUAUUUCUUUUUUUUUGUUUGUUUUUGUUUGUUCAUUUGUAUUGAUUUGAUCGUGUCUGAUUGUUUUUUGUUCAUUCACAUUUGUGUGUAUUUGUGUUUAUUUUUUGUGCGUCUACAUUUGUAUUUGUCUCAUUCUGUUUCUAUUUUGUGUAUGAUUGUGCUUUUGUUCUUAUUUCAUUGAUUUGUUUUUUAUGAUUGUUGUUUUUUUUAUUCUAUAUAUCUGUUUAUCACAUUUUACUCAAAUUUGCAUUUAUUUGUUGUUUUGUGUGUCUUUGUUUGUUUUCCUCCAUGUCCCUUUAGGGGCUCAGUAAUUUUGUUUGUGUUAUAGUUUAUUUGUGUUUGCUUUAUUGUUUAUUGUGUUAAUUUUUAUUGUGUAUUUUUUUCUACUUUUGUGUUAAAUUGUUUAUUACAUUUUACUCUAAUGUGCAUUUGUGUUGGUUUUUAUUGUCAGUUGUUUUGUGAUUUUCUGUUUGUGAUUGUUGUGUAUUUUUGUGUUUAUGUUUGUGUUUAUGUUUGUGUCUGUUAGUCUUAUUGUGUAUGUUUGUUUUGGUUUGUUUGUGUGUCUCUGUGUUGUUGAUUUUUGACUUUAUUUGUUUUUUGAAAAGUUUAUUUCUGUUGGCAGAAUUAUUAUCAGUAGAUGCUCCAAAUUUUUACAGUAACUGUAUUAUUCUCUUUAUUGACUCUUUCCUUUCAUUUAGCUGUUAUUAAUUAUUAUUAUUAUUUUUAGGAAAUUUGGCAUCAGACCCAGUUCAGCCGCAGGACUUUAACGUGUGUUUUUGAUCCACUAGCUUUUGUUUUGCCUCUUCAUCACAGGCUGAAAAGGAGAUCAUCUACAGCACUGUUACACACACAAGACAUACUGAUCACGAGGUAACUAAACAUAGUUUUGAUUCUUUAUUGACUCUUUCCUUUCAUUUAGCUGUUGCACUAUUAUUAUUAUUAUUAUUUUUAGGAAAUUUGGCAUCAGACCCAGUUCAGCCGCAGGACUUUAACGUGUGUUUUUGAUCCACUAACUUUUGUUUUGCCUCUUCCUCACAGGCUGAAAAGGAGAUCAUCUACAGCACUGUUACACACACAAGACGAACUGAUCACAAGGUAACUAAACAUAGUUUUUAAUUAAGGGUCAGCCCUGCCUCUGUCCCUCAGCAGGACAAUCAAGGUGAUAUUAGUAAAAAACAAUAAUAAUAAUAAUGAAUGACUUUGAAAGGUUUUACAUCCAAAGAUGGUUCCAGGUCUCUGAUUGCUCUCCUGGUUUUUCUGUUCCUUCUGUUCCUCAGCAACACCAAGCACAGGAGGAGGAUGUUAUCUACAGCCCAUUAGCUCUGCAUUAAAAGCUUGAUUUUGGUCAUUGUUGGACGAGAGCCGUAAUUCACGCAACUGUUGUUUCUUUAUCUCCUCAUGCUGUUACCCUCUGAGCAUUUUUGGUUCAAAAAUUGGUCUAACAGACGUCUAAAUGUAGCCUAGACGGCUGCUCUAAAAUCAGGCUACCACAGGUCUAAAAAUGAAAGUUUUUUUAGACGUCUAAAUUUAAACCAAGUUUGGACCAAGUCUAAAUCUGGGCUAUAUCUUUACUACACUGUAUUUUGCUCAACAACUAUCAUUAUUAAUUUUGUUUAGUACUUGGAGAUCAGUUAUGCAACUCACAGUUGCUUUUUGAGAUAAAUAGUUAUUGAAUAAUGGGUUAAAGUGCAACGUCUAAAUUCCAUCUAAAAAUAUUCAGAAUCUAGACGGUUGAAAUUAGGUCUAAAAAAAAAAAACUAGAUGUCUAAUAGCCGUCUAUUGCUCACUGGGUACUCUUUUCUGAUUUCUAAUGUAUCUGAAGUCCAUGAAGGCUGGACACCUUUUUGGUGAAUAAAAACUAAGUAAAACUAAGAACUGUAUGAAAAGUGUAGCUGAUUGAUUUCA